AUGGCGCCAUCUGUUGAACACCUCAAAUUCCAGAUUCUCAUAGUGGGCGCCGGACCUGUCGAACGACAUCCUCACCUCCAGACCCAAGGUAAUACACCUAUUGUCCAACCAGCCGCCGUACGAGCGUACACGCACAUUGGGCUAGGCGCAGCUCUGGCAUCUAUCAGCAUCACUGGCCAUGGCCUCUAUUCUUGGCCGUAUAAGGACUCCUUCGGGCCUAUAGGUGUUCUCUCUUACGGGAACGUGAAAGCGUUUAUGACUGAGAGGCCAGCUGUGCAACUGAUGGCUUACGAUGCGUCGAUCGUAGCUGGAGUGACUGUUUUGUUCAAUUGUCAAGUCAUCGGGCUAGACCAGAACGCGUUACCCGUCAGAUUGUGGAUGGCAGAUGGCCAAGAAUACACCGUCGACCUCAUAAUUGCAGUGGAUGGAAUCAAGUCCAACAUUCGGCAGAUCAUAUACCCGGAUAGAGCUGUUGAGCCAGUCCCUACUCCCGAGUGCAUCUUCCAAUCCCAGGUACCUAGUCACAUCCUCAAAUCAGACGAUCGCGUGGCUCCCUACCUCGAACUAAAUACUACCCACGGCACACUGGGUCCUAGCAAGUUCUCCAUUUGCCGAGCGACAGUGGAAGGCAACUUCACAAUAACAUCAAUACUUCGAGACAUGUUCAAAGCCUUUCCGGUACCGCAGCGCGCCUACCUGGAGCACGCAAGCAAAUGCACGAAAUGGCGUAUUGCCAUCGCUGCCGAGAUUCCCAAGUGGAUUUGCAAAAGCAGCCGCGUGAUCCUGUCGGCGAUGCCUACUACUUCAGCAGGCAUGCUCCUUAUUAAGCCUAAAUUCACCAUACUGUCCAUAGUAGCCGAAGAGCUCCGCCGGCUUAUAUAUGGGCUACGUUGCUUGCUCUCCGCCUUAAGGCAAUGUUAUACCACAAAUUGA